GGAAAAAUAAGAAAUAUGAAGGUAAAGAGCAUUCGAGCGAUUUCAUAUAUAAUUCUUGUUCUGCAACUAAGAUGGUGGAUGGUCGAAUUAGUUCUUGCAUCCUCUAAUUUGACAAUUGCAGAUUGCAUCAGAACAUUAUGGCAACGGAAUAGAUGUUUAUGCGAAGAAGGUGACACAUGGGGCUGGAAUUCAGUGCACUAUGCAGUUAAACUAGGCUUGAAAGAAGAAGUAGAUUAUAUGCUGGCCUGGAAAAAAUCCUUAGCCUACCUUCCAGCAGGCAGUGAAACUGACUGGACAACUACAUUUCACAUCGCAGCCAAGGAAGGUUAUGUAGACAUGAUGAAAGUGUUGUUAAAUCACUGCCCUGAUUGCUGGGAAAUGCUUGACAGCAGAGACCAGAAUGCCCUUCAUGUUUCCACAUUGAGCAAUCAAGUCGAGGUAACCAAAUUCCUAGUAUUAGUCCCUGAAUUUUAUAAACUUAUUGAUGAGUCAGAUAAUGAUGGCAACACACCUCUCCAUUUGCUUGAUGCUUCUGGGAACUAUGUCCCAGAAUUAGAAAACCAUCGCAAAGAAAGGAUGACGACGUUCAGCAAAGAAUUGUUACCAAAUGAGAUGGAUUUGAAGGACCAACCAAAGCAAAAGGGUGAUACAGUAAUGAGAGACAAGGUAGAACAGGGGGAGGAGGGGAAGGAGAAAAAUAAAGGGCGGAUCGAAGAAACUCUAAGGGCCACCCAGAUACAUGUAAUUGUGGCUACUUUAGUAGUUACAAUCACUUUCACAGCUGGUUUCACGUUACCAGGAGGUUUUGAAAGCAAUCUGGGCCCAAACGAAGGGAUGGCAAUUUUAAUAAGAAAAGCAGCUUUCCAAGCAUUUGUUGUUACGGAUGCCAUUGCCUUUGUAUGCUCCGUCAGUGCUGUAUUCAGCUACUUCGCUAUGGCAGCAAAUACUGCAUUUUUCCGACGGGUGAAUGCUGACGAUUGUCUUUAUAUGCUCGCUACUACUUUGCAACUUUUCGGUAUGGCAGCACUUGUAAUUGCGUUUAUAACUGGUAUGUAUACUACUUUAGCACAUUCAGUUGCUCUUGCCAUUGCUGUAUGUGUCAUCGGUUGCAUCUCUUUCCUUGUCUACGGCGUCAUGCUGUGUCUCUCUUUCGAUUGGAGGGCUUUGCGCCCGUUAUUUGAGUAGUGAAGUACUACGGAUGAAUGUAAACUAGUACUGUAUAAUAUUAUUGGGUCGCUACGGCCUGUUGCACUGGUGCUUGUUAAAUUAAUUAAGCCUUUCAGUUAGCUCGCAACAAAUAGUUUCCACAAUUUUUUUUUUAGGUAGGUUGUCACUGAAGAAUGACUUUUAUUGGCGACUAUUACAAUUUACAAAUCAGCAGAAGCAGAGAAAGAGUUCUUGAAAAUUCUAUAUCUGAAAGAGGGCAUUUGCUAUUUAUCCAGUCUAAAGCACCCCACUGUCUCCUUAGGAAGAUCACCAGGAUUGAAGAUAUACAAAUUCUCCCCGUUAGCACCAUUCUUAGCCAAGAUAUCUUUGACUUGAUUUCCUUCCCUAAAGCAAUGGUUUAUGGAGAUAUUACCUUGACAGAUGACUGCCUUCACUUCAUUAAUAAUCGAUUGUAAGUGCCAUAGAUGCGUUGCUUUCCCUUUGAAGCAUCUGGAUAAUCAACAUUGAGUCUUCUUCAAGGAUAACAUUGUUGUAACCAUUAUUUUGUACCAUAGAAUCCCUAUACGGCAUAAUUGUUAGUCCCGUCUUGAAGCGCAAAA